GCUCGUAAAACACCCUGGAGAGAAGAUGGCGGCGGCGGCGGCGGCGGCGGCCUCGGCGCCUCAGCCCCUCUCGGACGAGGAGCUCUUCUCGCAGCUCCGCCGCUACGGCCUGUCUCCCGGGCCGGUGACGGAGAGCACGCGGCCGGUCUACCUCAAGAAGCUGAAGAAGCUUCGGGAGGAGGAGCAGCAGCAGCAGCAGCAGCACCGGUGCGGGGGCCGCGGCAGCAAGACGCGGAACAGUAAUAACAAUAACACGGCGGCCGCCGCGCUGUCGGCGGCGGGGCCGGGGGUCCGGCCGGGGCCGGGCGGCGAGCUGCCCUACGCGCGGACCGCCGGGGCCCUGGGCCGCCUCUCGGGCUCGGAGGGCGCCGCGGCCGCCGCCCCGGCCGGCAGCAAAGUGCUGCUGGGCUUCAGCUCGGACGAGUCGGACGCGGAGGCCAGUCCCCGGGACCAGGCCGGCGGCGGCGGCGGCGGCGGCGGCGGGAGGAGAGACCGGCCUUCGCCGCAGUGCCGCGCGCUCCGAGCGCCCUCGGCGCCCCCCGCCGCCCCCGAGGCCGCCGGCGGCAGCUCGGCCGAGCGCAGGAAGCCGCACUCGUGGUGGGGGCCCCGGCGGCCGGCGGGCCCCGAGCUGCAGACCCCGGCGGCGAGGGAUGCAGCCGCGCCGGGCGAGGAGGACGGCGGCGAGGAGGCGGAGGACGGGGCCCCGGAGGCCGAGGAGCCGCGCUGGGCCAGCCGGCCCGUCAACGGCAGCCGGCUCCUGUCCUACGGCUGCCGGGAGGACUACUCGGACUCGGAGGAGGACGGCGACGGCGGCGCGGCCCCCGGCAGGCCGGUGUCGAAGGACGACCCCGGGUCGCGGCACCGGCCCCGACGGAGCCACGGGAAGCCCCUCUGCGCGCCGCCCGCCAAGCCCGCGGGCCGCCCGGAGACCUCCGUUCAGGGAGGGGGAGGCAGCGCGAUGAAUGACAGGGCGGCGGCCGCGGGGAGUCUAGACCGGAGCCGAAACGUCGGAGAGGCGGCGGAGCCGCAGCCGCAGCCGCAGCAGCAGCCGCAGCAGCCGCAGCAGCCCCAGCCCCAGCCCCAGCCCCGGCCCCGGCCCCAGCCCCAGCAGCAGGGAGGAGGGGCUGAUGCCCUGGACGCCAGCCCCGCUCCGAGGUACCGCGUCCACGCCAAGAGGCCGGCCCCUCUCCUGCCCCCGCCGCUCCCCGACACGGACCCCACCUUGGACUCGUCCUCGGGCUCCCUCCUGAAGACCAACAACCACAUCGGCGGCGGGGCCCUGAGUGCGGCGGACUCGGCCAGGAUGUUUUGCAACAGCCUCCCCCCCGGCGCGUCGGCGGCCGCCCCCGGUGCACUCAGGAUCAAUCACUCCAACCAUACGGGCUCCAAUCACACGUACCUGAAAAACGCCUACAACAAACCGAAGCUCUCGGAGCCCGAGGAGGAACUUCUGCAGCAGUUUAAGCGGGAGGAGGUGUCCCCGACAGGGGGUUUCAGUGCCCACUACUUGUCGAUGUUUCUCUUAACUGCUGCCUGCUUGUUUUUCCUAAUAUUGGGACUGACUUACCUGGGAAUGAGAGGGACGGGAGUAUCCGAGGAUGGAGGACUCAGCAUAAAAAAACCCUUUGAUGAAACAUUUGGAAAAAUACAAGAAAGUAAGAAAAAUCUUAUGAUGAACACUUUAUACAAGCUUCAUGAUCGAUUGGCACAGCUUGCAGGAGAUCAUGAAUGUGGCAGUUCUAGUCAGAGAACACUUUCUGUCCAAGAGGCAGCUGCAUAUUUAAAAGAUAUAGGCCCUGAAUAUGAAGAUAUAUUUAAUAUUUCUUUGAAGUGGAUUUUAGAAAAUGGAAAAGAUGUUGGAAUAAGGUGUGUUGGUUAUGGCCCUGAGGAGCAAUUGACAAACAUAACCGAUGUGCAGUUCUUACAGUCCACAAGACCACAGAUGUCUUUCUGGUGUCGCUUUCGACGUGCUUUUAUUACUGUCACCCACAGGUUAUUGUUGUUAUGCUUAGGUGUUGUGAUGGUUUGUGUCGUUCUGCGUUACAUGAAAUAUCGCUGGACAAAAGAAGAGGAGGAAACAAGGCAGAUGUAUGAUAUGGUGGUAAAGAUUAUAGAUGUUUUACGAAGUCAUAAUGAAGCUUGCCAGGAAAAUAAAGACUUACAACCUUACAUGCCUAUUCCACAUGUGCAAGAUUCCUUAAUACAACCUCAUGACAAAAAAAAAAUGAAGAAAGUCUGGGAUAGAGCUGUUGACUUCCUUGCUGCUAAUGAGUCAAGAGUUCGCACAGAGACACGAAGAAUAGGUGGUGCAGAUUUUCUAGUUUGGCGAUGGAUCCAACCUUCUGCCUCCUGUGACAAAAUAUUAGUAAUACCUUCUAAAGUAUGGCAAGGUCAAGCAUUUCAUUUAGAUAGAAGAAAUUCACCGCCAAAUAGCUUGACGCCAUGUCUAAAGAUUCGAAAUAUGUUUGACCCAGUUAUGGAAAUAGGGGAUCAGUGGCAUUUGGCAAUUCAAGAAGCAAUUUUAGAAAAAUGCAGUGAUAAUGAUGGCAUUGUUCACAUUGCAGUAGACAAAAAUUCACGUGAGGGUUGUGUAUAUGUUAAAUGUCUGUCUCCAGAAUAUGCUGGAAAAGCUUUUAAGGCAUUACAUGGCUCUUGGUUUGAUGGGAAAUUGGUUACAGUAAAAUAUUUACGACUAGAUAGAUAUCACCAUCGCUUUCCCCAAGCUCUUACUUGCAAUACUCCCUUGAAGCCAUCAAAUAAACAUAUGAACUCUAUGUCUCAUCUUCGUCUUCGGACUGGCCUAGCCAAUUCUCAAGGAGGUUCCUGAAAAGACUUUCUUCCACUCCUAGGACUGGUAUUUACAAUAGGAAAAUUCCUGUUUGGCUUCCUGUCUUCCUUUUAAAUGCUUCUCGUAUGUAAUAUUUUUAUUGAAUACAGCUCUGUUUGAAUGUUCCAGAGAUCUUAAGGUUCCAGAGGGACUUAGCAGUGAGGCAGCGAUGCUGAGCAAGCAGAACAAUUGUUUCGUUCAGUUUUUGGAGCUCAGUUAAGCCAGUGCAUUUAAGUUGUGCAUGAGGAACAUUGACUUUAUGAAGCGUUUUCAGAUGUGGUGAUUGUGUUUUUGCACCACAAGUGUUUGGAUAACCACCCAAAAGCAUGGUGAAGAGGCUUCUUGUAUUUCCAUAAUUUCAUGUGAACUAAUGUUGUGAAUUUUUGUAUACAGUCACCUGCAUAGUUCCUUACCAGGCUAAUGUGGUAAAACUGUUCAUUUCCCAGUUUAACCCUAGGUUUCUAUUGCUUGUAAGAGAUUCAUUUGUUACAGCUGGAAUACAGGAAAACUAAUUUGGGUUUAGUGGUUUCAUUUAAGUGUAGGCGGAUGUACAUGUACUUCAACUGGCUUUUGUAUAUAUGUAUAAAUGCUGGUGGUGGCGAAAGUAGUCUUGUUUUGUGAGGAUGUCUGCAUUAAAGCAGUAAAAUAAGCUUCAUAUUUUAUUCAUAAUCUAAUGUGUAUAUAUGUAUGUGUAUAUACGUGUGUAUGUGUAUAUAUAUGUAUGUGUGUAUGUGUAUAUAUACACACACAUAUAUACAUAUGGCUGUACUAUCACAUAGAUCAAACAGCCAGACACCUGCAAGUAUUAGAUACAAGUUUAAAAUAUCUUUUAUAAGUUUUAUAUAAAAAUGUCUGAGUAUGAUUUUGUGUGGAAGUUCCGAUAUCAGUUGUAAUGGAUUCAAAUUUAUGUGAGCAAUAAAGAUGCAAUUGGCAGAUAUUGGAAAAAUAUUUUGUGAAAAGCUGUAUUUAUUAUAAAUACUAGGACUAUGACAUAGUACUAUUGGGAUUAAGUCAUUUUCCCAAUCUAUUUAUAAUUUAAUGAAAUGUCAGCUCCCCUGUUGUAUGUCAAGUUUAAAGCAGGGCAUAUUAUUGCAGCAAAAUGUGUAUUUGAAAAAUUAUAUUUGAAAUUUUGGGUCAUGAAAGCUUGCAAUAUAGUGAAUGCACGAGUGACCUUUGCUUUGUGCCUCGGUAUUUACUUUGUUUCAGUAAACUUGCUUUAUUACUGUUUAUGUUUUCAGAUUAAAAAAGUUGCUGAGCAGAGUUUACUUGUAAUGUAACAAUUGGCUUUUUUUUUUAAUAACCUGUUGAUAUAUUGAUGUCAGUCCGAAUGAAUAUGUGAAACAGCUGGAAUUGUACCAAUUUCGAUUUUGUUUAAAGCUCAGUUUCCUUUUUGUUUUUUUUUUUUUUUAUUGUAUAUGUGUUGGGUUUGCAGCAUGAACUUGCACAGAUAAUGCACGUUUUCUGGUUAAGUAAACAUGAUGCACACUGUUCUGUAACAGAAAACCCUAUUGUGCCUUACCUAUGUGCUUUUGUGGGCACCAUGUUUAUGAAGAAUAAAAAACGAUUUGUUAUCUGAAGAGAAUAAAUUUUAGAUUCUCAGUUUAUGUCUCAGAUGCUAAAGUGUGAAAAUAUAAAUAUAUAUAAUAUAUAAAAUAACCAAUCUUUCUGUA